AAUGGCCGGCGACCUGGUCUCCUCGAUCGAGUGUGAUGAGGCUCCUGGUGCGAGGGAACGCUGCCUGCAUUGACAGGGACAUUCCACGAUGAAAGAGCUAUUUCCGGUUCGGUGUCAUUCAUGCGGGCUAUAAAGUUCUCGUCGGCGCACCUCAAGAUCCUAUCUUGAGGAACAUUGUCACACCUUUUAAACACCACUGACGUUCACCAUGCACGGGAGCUACUUUCGAGAUAUUGCGCUCAGCGCCUUCCUCCUCCUUGGGUCCUUUGUCUCCGCAGACAGUCUCGAUUCUCUCGAAGGAUUCAGUCUUGUAGAACGCGGUUUUCCUCUGGAGAAGCGUGUGUUGGAAGGACGAGCAUGUCGUACCGGAUUUGUCCCUUGCGGCAACGGCUACUGCCGUCCAACAGACGGCACCUGUUGCGCCAACGGUUCCUACGCUGAUUCGGACGAAAUCUGUUGCUCAGGUGGAUCCGCGCCUGCUGGAUCCACGUGCUGUCCCAAUUACGAUACGCAUGCGCGUCCUGGCUAUUACUGCUGCACAGAUGGAGCGAGCUGCCGGAAUGGCAGGACUUGUAGGGGAUGCACUCCCGUAAACGGCGGCGACGAAGGCGGAUCGUCGGGAUCGGGAUCGUCGCCCACGACCACCUCCGCGGCGACGCUUCCCACCGGAGGUUCUAGCGGGGGCGGAACUAGAUACUACACGUACACCAUCACCUAUACCUACCUUUCCUGGACCCUUGACUACGACAUCGUCCUCUCCACGAGCACCGCCACCACCACGCGCGUCUCCACCACGACUAUCUGGUCCGUCUCUGCCACCGACUCCGACGCCGCGGACAGCUCCUACAGCCAAUUCACACGCACCGAAUCGUUCUUCACGCCCGCCGCGGCGACUGUCAUUCCAACCAACAGCAUCCCGACUUCCACGGCCCGAGGCGCAUCGGCUCCCACUUCUACUGAAGGCUCGUCGUUGAGCGGUGGGAGCGCCGGUCCGAUUGGUGGGGUUGGGGCAAGUGAAGCGGGGCCUGGAUAUCGAACGGGCGUCGUGGCGGUGGUGGGAACCUUGGCGAGUGUGUGGGUGAUUCGAGGGCUCAUGGCUCUUCUGGCUUAGGCGGGCUGAGAUUGGCAGGGAGACUCGAUUCCUUUUAGGUUGGUUUAUGGAUGGCAUUGGCAUCUUGGCUGAAGAGCUUAUCCGAUACACCUGUAAUUAUGAGAUUGAACUGGGCAAUCAUAAUGACACGGCGAUUACUGGGAGGGAGGACUUUUAUAGGACUGCUUAAUCUCUGAGUUGAAUGGAAAUAUACCCAAUGUUAACCGUGUGUUACCUGCUAAUAUGUUGCAUCUAAUAGAUCCUCAUAGCCCAUGAACAGCAUCUGAUUUUGUGCUGUUUGCGGCGCUUUGUGCU